UUCACAUGUCAUUACUCCCUAAACACAACAAAUAUUCAAUAAUUUUUGAUGAAAUAAAACACAUUUCUAAAUAAUUGCUGAAACGGUACCUGGCCAUUGUGUGUAACUUUCUAAAUGGCCAUAAAUGUGCAACAAUCCUUGCCACCGAGUCAAGAGCACAUUAAGUGGUGGUUGGAGGAACAACAAGAAUGUGGCCAGCGGCUCUAACCCGCCUGCUCAAAAGAAGAUUACCCCACAUAAUAUUGGUUGUAUUAUUUUUUGUUUAUGUUAUAACAAAACUUCUAGAAAGGAAUUCCCAUGGACAUAUCUUGGAAUCAGAUGAUUUUACUGCGGAACGUACCAAGCCUUUAAUAUGGCGUACCAAUGAAGAACAUUUGCUCUCCUUAAAUGAAGAAACUCUUACCAACCGUCCCGAUAUUGAAUGUCGCAAUUCUGUACAAGGCCCCUACCUUAUAGUUGAUGAGCGAGGAUUUGUUUGUGAUGAGUUUUAUAUGCUUGAAAAUGGUUGCUGUGAUGUCAAACAUUAUGCUACCAAAUAUUACACUUGCGAAUCCUGUGAUCCUGCCACUCACUGUUGCGGUAUCUAUGAAUACUGUGUAUCCUGCUGCCUGCAUCCUGAAAAACGUACCAUACUUGAGCUAGCACUGGAGGUAAUCAAGGGACGUCAAGCAAUGGUUUAUGCCCAGGUGGAAGAUCAAUAUGAAUUAUGUAUGAUGAAGUGUCGCACAAAUUCACAUUCAGUGGAACAUGAGAAUCGUUAUCGUGACCCACAGCAUCGUUUUUGUUAUGGGCCCACAUAUGCCCAUGAAUCGCAAAUCGAAGUCUCGGCCAUGGGUUCAUGAUGCAAUUAGUGAAUAGUACAUGCAUACACACACAUAGUGUUCCUUUUGCUAGUUCAAAUAGGGAAAAAUUGACUGUGCAUUAAAAUGCAUUUAGAAUUAAGAUAACCUAGAUUUUAAGGUCAUAGGUACAAUAGAAUAUUUUCGUAAUAAGCUUUCUACAUUGCCUAGCCGGCAUAGAUAUAGAAAUUAAGGCAAUAAUAAAUGAUAGAUUUUAUACAUGA